AUGGCUUCAUCAAACAGGGAAGUACAAGUUCUUAUCGAUUUAAAUAAAAUUUUAAAUCUUAAUGACUCAAAUGAAAUAAAACGAAUACAAAAUGAAUUUGAAACAAAUGGCUGGUGUUUUGUUUUAUUAACAACUGAACUUAUUCUAGACAAGGAACUAGUAAAAGACAUAUCGGAUUUUUUUUCAUUUGAUGACGAUAAGGAUAAGUAUUCACAAUCUGCACCCAUAUAUGGAUAUUCGAAAAUCAAUCAUAGAGAAGGAAUUAAAUUAUUAACUGGAAAUUAUUUUAUUGAUUUUGCAUAUAUUAGUUUAGUACCAAUGUCACUGAUUCAACCAUUAAAUUAUCUCUCACAAGUAUUAGAUGCUGCUACAAAACGUUUAAUUGAAGUUCUUGAUCAACAUUGUGUAUUUCAAAACAAACCAUCUUUAUCAAAUCUGAUUGAACAAGCAAAUCUUCCAUUAGAAGAACAACAUUUUGGAAUGCUUGAUAUUGUAUCAUAUUUCAAUGAGAAAUUCGGUUUUCAACCACCCGAAAAUGGACAAUCUACUGAAGAAGUUAAUUGUGUUCCACAUUAUGAUCCAGGUUUAUUAUCAAUUAGUAUUUUAUCAACAUAUGAAGGACUUCAAUUGAAAAAUAUGAUAACUAAUGAAUGGAUAGAUGGACCAUUAGAAUCAAAUAUAGGAGUUAUUUGGUUAGGAGAAGCAGCGUCUCGAAUAACAGAGAAUCGACUUAAACCAGGUAUUCAUCGAGUUAUUUAUCCAAAAGAAUCAAAACGACGUCUUACAAUUUGGUAUGAAUUAUGUACAAUUGAACAAUUGAAAAGUAUAAGUGAUGAAAAAAAGGAUGAAUUAAUGCUGGAAGAAACAGUGAUUUUUCGAAGUCUUCAUAGACUAAAUGGAAUUACUGUUUUACCUGGCGAAAAACGGCUCGAAUUUUUAAAACGAAUUGAGAUGGGUUUUGGUUUAUCGAUGAGCAAAUUUGUUCCACGAUAUCAUCUAGAAAAACAUAAUAUUUUGUAUCUAACAGAAGAUUUAAAAACAUUAAAUCAUUUAUAA